AUGGGGACGAACAGUCCCGCGGGCUCCUCCGUGGACAGCUUCGAGCAGCAGAAACCGCACAGGAGUCCUGCGGAAAACUUUGGCGAUUGGUGCGAGGUGUUGGCCAUGAUCUACCCGAGGCUGGGGGACAGCGACCCUUCCGUGCAGGAGGUCGCGAAAAAUGCCUUUCAGCACCUGUUCCGACGGCAUCCCGAGACCGCGGAGGUGAUGGCCGCGGAAGAACAAAAGGCCGCCAGUGCAGGCUCCAGACCGCAGAGCCCCAGGGGGGUGGGGGCGGAGCCACGAGCGGGUUUUAUCACUGGCGGUUUGAAGACAUCAGCCUCAGCGGGAACAACAGCAGCUGUGCCUCCAACGGGCGGUGGGAGCCAUCAAGCCGGUCGGGCUUCCGGUGGCCGACCUCCGUUGAGGCCGAAGUUGAUUCCAGCUGUGGUUCCUGCGUCUGGUCUAUUUCCUCUCACCGGGUCAUCAGCGGCGAGCAGUAGCACAGCAAAGGAUCCGUACAAGAAAACCAAGCCAUCUGGUGCCGCCACGACCCCAAGGCGAGGAGGCCGCAAUGAUGAUCCCUCUCAACAACUCUAUCAUCCCCCCCAGCAGGAGGUGUUCUACUUGACAAGCCAGCCGCCAAGUCCGAAAAUCUCGAGUCCCUGGCAGGAGGUCGCGCGGACGCUGGCGCGGUGUGGGAUCCUGGCAACGCCACUACUGCAGCACCUGGUGUUGGGCAUGCACGACGUGGAUGACCGCGCGGCGGAGUCCAGCAUGGACGGGUUGUUGACGCUUCUGAGCUUCGUCUUCGAAACUUCCGCGACCACGCGAGUGUCCAGGGUGCUGACGCAAAAUGAUUCAGAAGACCAGAGUCGCAAGUUCAACGCGCAAUCGGCGGAUAAGCCUCUCAUAAACAAGACAACUCCAGGUGUACACCGACCAGCAAGACUCUCGUCCACUCGCGCGGAACUUCUGAUCCAAGCGUUACUGCAGCACGCGGACGGGAUUUUGCACCGACCGACGGUGAGGAAGAAAGUGUUCGAUGUGUUGCUCCUCCUGGCCUUGAACCACUUCCGGAUUUUCGCCCGGUCCUUCGUGCAGAAGUGGUCUGACGUGCGACACGAACUGAUUAAGGAGAUCCUCACCAAGGACGCGACUUUGACGGAUAUGCUCCUCCGCUACCUGGCCGCGCGGUUGCGGGGCGAGGGCGGAGACAGCGAGUCGAGCAGUCUGGUCCUGGGGCACUUAGCUUCCGUCCCGGAUUCACAAGUCGCGGCGCUCUGCGACCGACAUUUCAUCCAGCUGUAUGCGAGUUGUCUGGUGCAGUUGUCAAAUUUCACGGACGUAGUGCUAGCAACCACUGCGACCACCGGGAAAAUGGCCUACAGUAGUACAAUUUCUACCGCGUCCUUUGGAGGCGCCGGGGGUUCUGGCGGUGGUGUCAGUAGCCCGACCGCGUCGACACGGAGUUCAUUGGUCCUCAACGGUAGACUGCCGUCGGAAGAGCAGGGCUUGCUUGCAAGUGCGACGAGGGAAAUAAAUGAUGGUGGCUCGCCGUCUUCACCUGCGAGCAAAAACCAACCGCAGAAUCCAGGAACGACCAGGAACAACAAAAAGCACCGAACCAGGAGUACGAGCGAUAAUUUCAGUUUCCAGGAGCCAAUGCUUUUUUCCGGCUCUUCGCAGAACAGCGGACUGGACUUGAUAACUCCCGGGGUCGAACAGUUGCACGAGGUGGCGCGGAAACAGAACGAGCUGCUCUGGGCGCUGCAGAAAGUUUUAGAGGCAAGUGGAAAUCCGUCUAUGGCGUUUGCGAUGGAAAGGCACUUCGGGCUUGUCGACAGAGCUGGAGCGCAAGAACAGCAAAACAACUUUGGAGGUGGUGGUCCUGCUCAAACGAAUAAAAAAACAUCUUAUUCGACUUCGACUUCGCAGGAGCUCCUGCUACCGGACGACAUGGUUGUGGAAUCGUUGGUGGCUUUGUUCACCCAGUUUCACCCGAAAAAGAUCCUGCAAAUGGCCGACUUUUUCCGGACGGGCGUGAACGCAGAAUCUCUGCACCGGCAGGGAAUUGCGUUGGGAAUUCUGGCACAGAUGAUUGCGUGCAUCGACGUGCAGCAAGGUUCAGAUCAUGAAACACGGCAUCAACCGUCGAAUUAUAGUACACAAGAGCAAGAAGCGGUGGAUGCCAAAAAUUUUCAUUCCGGCGAGGGGCAGCUGUUGCUGGACUGUAUUCGCAAUUUCGUUCCCUUCGCGAAAACCAGUUUGGAGGAGAGCAACCGGAAGAAGCUACAGCAACAUCGCGAGGUUCUUCUAGACAACGCGUUCCUGCAGCGACGAUCGGUCAGGGCGUUGUCCUAUCUGUUCGUCGCACUAGCGAAUCCGCACAACGUCGCGUUUUUCGCCCAUUUAGACGCCGACUUGACCACCCGGACGCUCAAAAUCGCGUUGGAAAAACAGGACCAGGAUACCGACACGGUUGCCGAGGCAGUUGAAGCGCUAUCGAAGUGCGUCCUGGCGGUGGGGAGUAUGCAUUGCAAAUACAUAGAAAUCUUCUGGGUCUGGAAGGGGGCAAACUUGUCGUGAUGCUCUCUGCCAGUCUUCACACAAAAUAAAUCUGGCGUGCAUGAAUAGAAAAAGCUGUGCUCACGACUUUUGGCCACGCUGCGAGCAGAUCUCUCAUGCAGAAUAGGCAUCGUCGUGAAGCUCUUGCAGAAGCAGAACCUGUGACGUUGCGCCUUGCAUGCCAAACCUUCCGUGCCUUGCAAAACCGGCAUCACAGACAUCUGCAAGCUUCCAGACCCAGCAGACCUGUAUAAUUUGCAUUGGAUAGGAGAGUUUUCCAAGUUUGCGGCGGAACAAGAAUCGACACUGUUUCAGAGAAAAGAACAUCACAAUGGUGCGAUGAAUGGCAACGGGCAUAGUGCUUUUCACGGCAGCUACAUGGAAGAUCACGCGAGCAACGCCCUGGACCUACUGGAUCACGUGUUUGAUGCAGGGAAUUAUAUCACGAACGCAGCGACUGCUGCGGAUCUCAUCGACAUCUUCGCGCCAGACCCACGGGCUGCCGGAACCAGCCCCUUGAAGAACGGAACUACAGGACCACGAUCAGGAGGAAAAGAACUAGAGACUUCUCAUCAACCUUAUACCACAACCGCAGCGAAGUGGAAGAAGUUGCUGCUCGAUCGCUGCUUCGAGCGGCUUGGCGGUUUGUUGGAGCGCCCCGACGCGAGAAUACGGGCCCGCGCCAUGGACCUGAUGGGAAGUAUGUCCUCCGGUUUGUUUCUGGAACAGGUGUCCGGGGGGACCUCGUCCAGCCCUUCUACGAGGAACAAAAACCAAAACGUCCGCGCAGAUGAAGAUGAUUAUAUCCUGUCUCCGAGCAAAGCCGCCAGGCUGAACACCCCUGGCGAGGCGCUGCUCCGGCGCAACAGCAUUCGCUGCUGCAUCCACAUUGCGGACGAGAACGUCGGCACGCGGGGCGCCGCCACCGCUUGUCUCGAGAACCUCUGCCGCAAGUUCGCCGAAGGCGGAACCACGCCCGCUGCCCGCUCGGUCAUGCGCGCGCCGGAUUGCUUUGUGCAAAUGGUUACAACUACGACUGGUGCAUCAGACUACGUGGAUGAAGUAGAUGCACAGAAUGCGCAACAAGCGGCGACAAUCACAAUUAUGGACGUCUCCGAGCUUGGCCGCGUGCUUCGAACGUAUGUGUCGCCUUUGCUGGAAGCGGUUCUUCUCGCCGACCACGAAAGCAAAAAAUCCCCGUCUGCCCAGGUGGACGCCCUGUUCAGUCCGACGAGGUCGCGAACCGUGCAGCAGACGUUGUGGCGGGAGCAUUUGGAGGUUUGUGAACAGUACCUGUUGGAGGAGUACGCGGAGCAACUGCACGUUUCCGCGGGGUUCUGCGCGGUCUUCGUGCUUCGGGCCGCAAAGGUGGCCUUGCGGGGCAAAACGGAAGAUCCGGUGACGGAGGCGGACUUUGAAAAUCUGAGUCGAAAAUUGCUGCAUCUCCUGUCCACGGAAGAAACCGAGUUGCUCCCGGUAUUGGCCGAACUGGCGAGAUGCCAGGCGAGUGGGUGAUAUCAUCGGAUGUGGAUGAAGGAGGAGAUAUGAUCUACCUGCGAUGAUGUAGUUCACCAUCGGAAAGAAUCUUUGUUGACAGUGUGUAUAGUAAAGUCGUUUUUCUCCUCGAAAUAUCGAAGAAAUAAAGCUACCUCUUGGCAUGGUGAUGUCGGUUCAAGAAAAGUUGAAAAUGGAUUUCCAAGAAAAAGUUGCGAUAGCUCCACGGUAUGAAUUGUUGUGAGGGAAGGUGGGUAGGAUUCAAGACUGUGACAGACUACGGUCCGGCUCGAAGUCGCCUGUUGCCAUGUGUCAUAUUAAACACCUCGAAGGACGACGACAAAAAAACGUAGAUGGCUCAAUACAGUUGCCACUUAUUACAAAAAAAACUAAAAUGAAAA